CACUUUUCUCACUCUCUCUCUCUCUCUCUCUCACUCACGCGCCCCCAAAAUCCCCAAAAUCCAAACCCUCGCGGAGUCUCCUCCUCCUCCCCUCCCACUCUUCUACAGCCUCUCAUCUCGCGCCAUCCGUACUCUUCUCCGACUCUUCUUGAAUAUUGCCCCACUUAAUUUCCACUCCACCGGGCCCCAAACCCAAACUCACCACACACACCACACAAAAAAAAAAAUAGAAAAAAGAAAAAAAAACCCUACUAUAAAACGCCUUCUCCUCGGCCGCCGCCGCCGCCGCCGCCGCCGCCGCGUUUCCCGUUUCGCUGCGUUUAGUGGAGGGGGAAAAGGGUGGAGGUGGAGGAGGAGGAGGAGAUGGGAGUGGGAGGUGGGCGAUGAGAGAGAGAGAGAGGGAGGAGGUGGAGGGGAGCGGCGAUGCGGACGAUCUGCGAUGUGUGCGAGAGCGCGGCGGCGGUGCUCUUCUGCGCCGCCGACGAGGCUGCGCUGUGCCGGCCCUGCGACGAGAAGGUGCACAUGUGUAACAAGCUUGCUAGUCGACAUGUACGAGUAGGACUUGCCGAUCCCAAUGAAGUUCCUCGCUGUGACAUAUGUGAAAAUGCACCUGCUUUCUUUUAUUGUGAGAUAGAUGGUACUUCACUUUGCCUUCAGUGCGAUAUGAUUGUCCAUGUUGGGGGGAAAAGAACCCAUGGAAGAUACCUCCUUUUGAGGCAAAGAGUUGAGUUUCCAGGAGAUAAAGCAGGACGUAUUGAAGAUCAAUCAAUGCAACCAAAAGACCAAAUUGAGAACAGGAGAGAACACAACCAGGUGCCCAGUACAAUAAUAAGAGAGUCAAUGAUGAAUCACAAGAUGUCUACUGAUCCUGGCUUGGAUGGCAGUAGUAAUGAUCAUGCAAGAAAUGAUUCCAAAAUGAUCGACUUGAACAUGAGGCCUGCUCGAGCUCAUGGGCAGACUUCGAAUACCCAGACACAGGGAGCAGAGUGCAGUAAUAACCACGACUCUCCAGGUGUGGUUCCUUCAGGUCCUAACGAAAGAGGUGCAAGUAAAUAGAAUUUGUAUGUGUGUACAUUAUCUUUAGACCUGCCACUAGAUCUCUAUUGAAUGAAUCAUUCCAGUAAUUGUAUCGUAAUACAUUUCUCUAUCAUGUUGUAUAAGAAGUUUGUACUCCUCGAUCUGUAUAGUUAUGCUUCAUGACCCUUUGAGUGCCAUGCGAACCAUAUCGACACAGAUUGUUGUUGGUUUAAACUGUUCUGCACAAACCAUGUAUAUCAUAUUCUUGUAUUCGAAUUAUCCAUCGUGUUUUUUCAAUUUCAUCAACUGAAUCUCAUUAUAA